GAAUGCAAAGUGUUCUAAAACAGUACGGAGUCUAACUAAACCGAGUUAAUGUCGAAGUGUCAGACUCUAACUAAGAUACCGCUCCAGUGAUAAUAUUGUCAGGUCCUACAUUGGAUUUAGUGGAGUAGUAUUUAGUUAUAGUAGUCAUGGCUUGACACAAACAUUUUGAUUCCAUAGUGAAUCUUGUUUAUUUUAUGUUCGUAACUAAAUAAAAAGUCCGCGUAUUAAUUCACAUUAGGAAUUUAUAUAUAGUAUUUGCUUUUCGACUUUCCUGCUUAAAAGUGCUUUCGUGAGUGAAAUUUCUUUUGAUAUUGUAUGUAUUAAAAUUUAAAGUGAACAGUAUGAGUGAUAUACACGAAUUAGAUAUGAAAUUAUGUUGUAUAAAACUGUCACUGGCAGCAAGAGUAAUUGCGAUGAUUGGUUUGAUAACGUCAGUACUAAUAAUAACUCAGAUAUCGUCGGAGUUGGCUGAGCCUGAAGGCACUGGAGGUACUGUUGGUAUUCUGCUAGGAGUGGAUAUCGACGAGUUCAAAUACACCAUGUCCGGAGAGGCUGAUGAGCACCGCAAGCAGAAGGUAACAGAAAUAAUGGUAGCGUUCCUGCUCUUCACUUUGACCUACGCAGUUGCCAGUGCCAUCCUAAUAUGGGGAACAAUUGUGGAGCAAAGUUGGUGUGCAAUUCCUUGGCUGAUAUGUGAAGCAUUCAGUUUUGCGACUCAAGUAUCAACAUUAGCCAUCCAUGCUAUUGCUCUGCGUACUAGGAAGGAUAAAGUUGUUUUAUUUGUUUCCAUCCUUAAAUUAGGUUUAUCCCCUUAUUUUUGGUUGGUAGUUUUUUGUGCUCAAAGAACCUGGGCACGUCAGAGGAGGGAGAGUAAAGCCAACGAAUUGAGGCACAAUACUCUCAAGGAUGGUUCGGCACUGCCUCUGCCCAAUAAAUACGCUCAAGUCUGAAUCAGAAUGGCUGUGAACUUCUAUGUAGGAGUGUAUUAUGUUUUGUUAUAAGGAUCUUCCUUAACAAAUGUACAGUGUUUUUAAUUAGUAUUAUGGAUCUGUUUAUGUAAAGUAAGAUUUUGCUAAUUGCAUAAUGUGUAAAUAAGGACUUUUGUUAUUCAACAAACUUAUAUUCAUAAACAUAAAAAGAGUCGUAUAUCAAACAUAGCAAAUCAAUGUUUAAAUGGAUCUGAAGCUAAGCAUGAUUUUUUUUAUUUAAAGAAAUGCAAGGAGGAGUAAAAUAUGUAUUAUUUUACAAAGAAUAUUACAAAAUUACACACAAUUUCAAGAUGAAUUUAUACCCUUGAAUUGAAAUCCAAAUAGGUUUUACUAAAUAAGAAACCAUGCGAUACCAUAUUAUUUUCAGUUGAGUUUACUUAAUUUUUGCUUGGCUACAGUAACAAAAGUAAAACUCGCAACAAAAGUGAUGUUUCAUGUAGACUGUAGAGUGCAAUUUAGAUUUAGCAUACUUAACAAUUAGUGCAUCACAUUUUGUUCAUUAAACAUUGGCUACUUGUUCAAAACCAUGACAGCAAUAUAGAAUGCAGUAAAAAAUACUAUAUAUUUUAUUAGACACAGUAUUUUUACAAGUUUUUAUAUUACAAAUGAAGGUUGUCAUCAGCUUUUAAUACUGUUAUUGUUGUUCAUAAUUAUUUCUCUGACAUUAAAUUAAGAAUAUACCACUUACAAACUUCUAGAAAUACAAAUAUUGGAAUAAAUUGAUUAGUAUAAAGUUGUUGUUAAAUAUUUUUAAUAAAACAGUAUUUUGAUAACUAUUUAUUUUGCAUUAAGCAUUUGUAUAUGAAUCCCGAUUGUGCAAAAUAGCCUAGUUGUUGGUACUGGGUCCUAAAGACCAUUGGAAUUGAGUGAGCUAGAUGCAACCAUGAAUCAAUAUUUUAACAUCAAUGUUGUAUUGAGUGAUGAAGUCUCAGAGACAAUGUGGAUGGAGUGAGCUAGAUGGCAAUCUUCAACGUAAAUACUUUUAAAAUCUUUCUCACAAAACUUUCAACAUUUCUUGAAUCCUUAGCUUAUAUUAUGGAUCCAGCUACUUUCUGUUAAUGGUUGUAAAGGUUUAUACAUCUUUAAAAUAAAUAAAAAUAAUACUUUUCAAAUUUUUAUCAUACAAUGUGGAUGGAGUGAGCUAGAUGGCAAUCUUCAACGUAAAUACUUUUAAAAUCUUUCUCACAAAACUUUCAACAUUUCUUGAAUCCUUAGCUUAUAUUAUGGAUCCAGCUACUUUCUGUUAAUGGUUGUAAAGGUUUAUACAUCUUUAAAAUAAAUAAAAAUAAUACUUUUCAAAUUUUUAUCAUAAUUACAUUUAUUUGGUAUAAUUAAUAUUUUUUCCGUGAUAUUACGUUUUUCCACCUCAACAACUUGUCAAUAACUUUACAGUAAACAGAGUAGGCUGUGUUUAUAUCAUUUUCGAAGCUGUAAUAACAAACCACACCAAUUAUUGAUGAAAGUUGACUUGUGAAAGUCUAUUCAUAUAAGUAUUCAUUACAAAUACGGAAAUUACAUUUUUCUACUAUGUAUUUCUAAUAAUUUUAUAGAAUUAGCAUAAUACUCUUUAAAUUCAGUUGUGGUAGCUGUAGGCUGAAUAUUUGUUUAAGUAACAUUAUUCACUAUUUUGAUAUAAUCCAAUAUUAUAAGAGUUUUCUUUAGAAAAUUAAUGUUUGUAAAGUGUUGAACCAUUAAAGUGAAUUGUUGUAAUGACAGUGGUAACAGCUAAGAUAAGACAUGCCCUAAACAGAAUGCAGAAAUACGUCUUACCUGAUUUAAAAGAUCCUUGACCAAAAAUAAUCACAUAAGUUAGUGUGUUAAUGGUUUCUUCCCAAUAUUUAUUUUAAUUACUUCUACCUUGAAUUGGCCAUACUAUUUCUGUAAUUUCAAAUUAGUUCUUGUUAAUAAUAUUUAUAACAAAUAUUCAAGCUCCUUCUUUGCUUUUAAUUUGAAUAUUUAAUUAAGUAAAUGUGUCAACCAUAAAAAGACAAUUUUAGGUAUAUGCUUACGCAUAAUACAGUUUACAUGUGUUAUUUAUAUAUUUACCAAAGACAUUCUUGAUUACUUUGUAUUAUUUUAAACUAUGUAGCUUUACAAUGGCAUCUACUGAGAUUUGUAAUUAUUAUCGUAAAAUAAUAUUAUAGUAUGAGGUUUAGCUCAUUUAUAGCUUUAAUAUGACUUAAUAUUUUUUGCAAUCUUCAUAUAAUGAAACUAGCAUUGGGAAUUAUGUAAACAUUUCGUUUGUUUUAUUUAUUGUAACUCGAGAAAAACAUGUUUAUAAACACUGCAUAAAGGCGUGUGCGACUUAUACUAACUCUUAUUUGGUACAUAUUCAUAAUUCCAUAUAGUUAGUUAUGUUUAAAAACUGCCUAAUUUUUGAUGAACUUGCUUAUGGAGUUGAUAAAAUUAAUAGUAUGUAUGCUAUUGAUUUUUCAAAGUAUUUGUUGUUUUUAUGACACAAUAUUGUGAAAUUUGUACCAAUUUUAGUUCAAACACAAGUAUAUAGUGAACUUUAUUUGGUUGGAAGACAGUUUUGUUAUAUAUUUCAAAAGAAAUGGUUAUCAAGUUCAUUUAUGAAAUAUUAUUUAUUGAGUAAUCGUGGUUACUUUGAAAUGAUUGUUAUUAUAAUGGGUAUUAGAACAUAAUUUUGAAAAAUGUACCAAUGUUUCUUGAAUAUUUUGAGAACAAAUUAAUUAAUCUGGAACUGCAUCCAAAGCGUGUUGAGGUCUGUAAUUACUACUAGGUAUUAAAAAAACAAUUUCUUUUCGAAUUAAUCAAAACGAAUCAUACUAAAUACUGAGUCAAAAUGUAUUUUACAUUUUAAUUGUAGUUCAUGCAUUAAAGCUGAAAAUCAUAUACAUGUUCUAGAUAUCUAUUUAGAUAUAAUACCAAUAAAUAUGUACAUACAUGUUUUGUGGAUUAUUAUAUAUUUGAGUAUUUUAUAGUAAAGUAUUUCCCUAAUUUAUUUUCAGUUAUUUUUAGUACACUUUUAUAAGUAACAAACAGUAGUUGGCAGGAAAAUAUGAUAAAUGUGUUUACAUUUUUACCUUUAUAUGUAAAUAAUAUUUUCACAAGUUUAAUAUUAGGCAACAGUUUUAAAAUUCAAACAGAUUUUAAGCUGAGUAUAUAUAUGUUGCUUUUUACAAAAAAUUGUAAAUAGUUGAUCAUAUUAUAUUUGUACCUCACAUUUUUUGAGGCCUGUGAUAUUUAGUUGAAGUAAUUAGUAUGUAUCUAGUUUGUACAUUGUUAUAAAUAUACUUUUAUUUCAUUUGUGUAUUUUA